AUACACGGUUUCAACUACCGCGACAAAAAGACAGCUCAUCGAACAUUAAAUAAAUGUCUUGAAUACUUGCGUUCAAGCUCGAAACCAGAAUUGCAAACAAUUUCUGCCAACGUAUUGAAGACUUUAAAGUGCAAGAAAGAUAUUAAUGCCUUUUGGGCAUCCAAAAAAUGCGAGAAAAAAGAUAAUUUGGAAAAAAGAAUUCAGAUUGCCGAAAAGAAGAGCAAGUUGCAUGAUGUAUAUAAUAAUGUUCGCAAAAACUUUAAUGCCGAAAUAUUAGGAAAAAGGGAUAAUAUUCAAGAUAUGGAAAAGGAUAAGUCAGUGCCUUCUAUUCCAAAAUCUCGUAAACGAAAAGUAAAAGACUUACCAGAAAAUAAGAAUAUUAAGAUGCGCCCCCUUGAACAUCAACCUGAAAAUAAGGGUGAAGAAGAAAUUGAGAUGCUUACGCAGGAUGAAGUGAACGUCCGUAACGAAUUACUCAAAAUUCUUACUGCACGUCAAAAAAAAGAUGAAGAAGCCGGGAAAGAUUUUAUGACAUCAAUAUACCUCAACGGUAUUAUAGAUUUAUCAGAUGAUGAAAUGCACAAGCGGAUUAAAAAGUCCUUGAAUAAAGAACAAAAUAGUUGGCUUGAAGGAGUUCUUGAGAGAAAAACUUGGAAACCAACCCCCGAAUAUAUGCAAUAUAUUAAUCAGUUUACUGAAGAAGUGUGUACCCGAAACGAGAUCCCAACUAUUGUUCGCAAAUCUUGUGUUACUGGAAGAUUUGAUCCUUUUUAUCACGAGGCACAUGAAAUCGCACAGCAAAUAUUAACGCAUUGGUAG